GGCGUUUUCACUAAACUGUGAACCAUCCCAACCGGCAAUUGCGUGCUCUAGAACCAUCACCAUUAUCCCUCGCGUAUCGCCCCUAUUUAUUAACGCACUGUGGCACGCGACCAUGCAUACCCCUCGUCCUUGUUUCCUUUUAUUCUAUAUCCCCUCUUCACAUUCAAAAUUCGUCUGUUGAAACUCAUUCCUAGCCUUGACUCCUGCAGCUAGACUCUGCUAUAGGAGCUUCCCCACAUUGGGGCGCCGUCGAUUCCUUCCGUCGAUCAUUCUGAAAAUCCGCAUUGCAUGCUUAUCAACGGCUCGGAAAGGGUCGUCGUCAGUUAAAUGGCAGCGAUCGAGGAGUCCGAACUGCUCAAUAGCACUCCAUCCUUACGAGACAAAGAAUAUGAUUCAUAUUCUUGGGAAUUACUCGAAAAUCAUCCUCUUCGGUACCAUCCUGAUGAAUGUAUUCCCGGCUUGUCCUCCUACAUAGCUAGGUAUUUGGCUAUAUUGAAAAGACGAUGGACGGAACGCAUCUUCCCACUAAUUUGUCUAUUUCUGAUGUUCCUGAUUGUAGUUCAGUUUCUAGCGGCGCUACCAUACGGGCUCACAUACAUCGUUUUCCGUAGUGGAAUUGAGGAACAUCAAGGCUUUGUUCAAUGGCCUACUGAGUUCAGUCGGACACCAAGUGCCUGCAUCCUUUACAAUCCACAGGCACAUGAUGCUAUUCAAUAUGCUAUAGAUGCGGGAUGCUCGGGGGUUAAGGUGGAUCUUCAGGCACAGGAGGGUAGGCUUCUCGUGGACAGUCUAGCGUCAGAUCGAGAGGUGUCAGAGACACUGGAGAAUUUGUAUCUCAAUCCUUUACUGAAGAAACUGGAUGCCAGAAACUCUGCGGUAAUUUAUCCAGCAACUACUGACGCGAGUAGCCCAAUUGGUCUCUUCGAUGAAGACCCAGCACAGCCUUUUACGCUGUUUCUGGAGCUACACACUUCGGUACAGGCGGCAUGGCCGCAUCUAGUUUCGCAGCUCAUGUCGCUGAAACAAAAGGAUUACCUUUCCUAUCGGAACGGCACACGCGUUGUCCCCCGCCCUGUUACCAUCGUCCUUACAGGUUUGGAAGGCCUAGACUUCGGCGAUGGGGAUGGGUCCGACCAUGACAAUGUCAAUGAAAGUAUGAUGUUUGAUACCUCGCUAGAGCAAUUAUUGAAGGAAGAUUACGGCUCUGCCUUGAAAGUAUCCCAGUCCUCCCAUAAAGUCAGAGGGGGCAAUUCUGCUCAAACCGAGGCGGACACAGAAGACAGUCUAAAUCAGCAUCACGAGUCAUCGUAUCAACUUGUCACUGCGACUGCGAACUUCACCCGAUCAAUCGGCUUCCCUCAUCGUGGCGGUCGGUUCUCUUCGCAACAGAUCGAGCGCGUUCGCGCCCAAGUGCGAGCCGCUCACCGGCGCGGUCUUCGCGCGCGAUAUUCGGGGACCUCAGGUUAUUCACCGCCAGUGCGGCGGAUGAUCUGGCGAAUUUUGGUCCGCGAGGGUGCGGAUAUGAUUGAGGUUGACGGGAGAGGAUGUGAAAUUCCUUGGUGGAGGCGAUUCUUUGUCGGCGGAGGCAUGGAAUGCCGCGGUCGGAAGGGAGAUACCGGUAGCGUAUAACUUUGCGGUAUAAUUUUGGCAGUAGACGACGGUAAUGACGUACGCGUGAGUGUAUGACAUAUUCGUUUAUAUCAUUUCGAAUGAAAGGUCUAAAUAAGUGCAACCUAGGAUGAGAUUUCCUGGUGAGAAAGCAAAUUAUAUGCCCCGGAAUCGCAUAAAUCCAGGGUAUUGACCCCCCUUCCAGAUCUCGACAGGCCUUUGAUAACCCAUGGAUGAGGAAUGUGUCGCAUCAAGCCACCUUCGCCACGACGUAAGGGGGAUCGGAAACUGAGGUAUGUAUGCGCCGUCGAAAUGCGUAUGUACGAUGUACCACGGUACAACAAUGAAUAUCAAACCGUAUAUCUUUGUUCUCUCCGCGCACAGACUAGUUUCUUUAUAUCUCGGUUGCACCGAAACGUUUCGGAGUCCAAUGUAAAUUAAGGCGACAAGAAAUAUAACUGUUACCAUGGCUACGGAUAUGAUUUCCUUCAAGGGGCUGGACUUUCUCGGGUUGGUGUUAU